UGAGGGAAAAGCCGGCUUGGGGCACGCGGAGAGCAGUUCCCAUAGCGAGCAGGACUGGCGUUGCCAUAGGAAAACUGUCACGUCCUUGUACUGUAGUAAUAAAGCAGUGAGGAGGGGGCUGUCAGUGUGAGCCGAGCUGUCAGUGACGGCUUCUGGCAGUCUGUCUGGUUGGUUUCAUGUACUUUCUUCUUAUGGAGGAGAGCUAUGAGCAUGGCUGCUGGAGCUUCCUGCACGGACUGAAGGCUUGCAGACGAAAGAAAUUGGAAAUGGCAUACAAAAGAUCGGUUUUAGACAGUCCCGCUGUAAAUCAAAGCAGUUUUAUAGCGGGUGCAAAGAAGCAUGUUGGCUACAGAAACAUGUAUUUAUCUCAAGACAGUGGCUACAAUGACUCUCUAAAGGCAUUUAGUCCAGACUCUGGUGACAGUAGCAGUGAUUCUUUAGACAGUGGAACUCCAUCUCAAGACUUUGAGAAUUCGGAAAAUAUAGAUCCUACCACUUUGGAAUGCUCCCCUAUCCGCAAAGCCGUCUUGGACCCUGGAGUUCACUCAAAGAGUGGUAGUUACACUACAGAUAUGUGUGAAACUCCACGAGUUGCUAAAAAAGACUUCUCAUUGCGACGUCGACUCCUUCUUUCUAAGGCUACCUCUGGCGGGAAUUUGGAUUUUGAUGCUUUAGAUGGUUCAGAGGAAAUAUCGGGAUGGAAGGCAACUGUCCAGAAAUAUCCUAGUUUCGAGGCAGACCUUUCCAAAAAUUUUGACUCUCCAAAAGAUGCCUACAAACCAAUCGCAACAAGCACUUUAAAAAUUGAGAGCGAUUCUAGCAUGUCGUGCAAAAAGUAUAGGGUUUCUUUUGCUCAGCAGAGGAGUUCCACCAUAGAUGAAACUAUAGGUGACGGUGUUCCUUUUCCAGAGGUAGAAAACCUGUCGCCGGUUCAGCACUCAACAGAAUCAACUGAUGACAGAAUUUUGAGUGUUAAUGAAGCAAACCUCACAGAAUUACACGCCACACCCACACACAUCUCCAAUACUAACGAGGCAUUUCAGACCCCCAUUAGUAACCUUGCUGCAAGUUUUCGAUUUGAUUUAUGCACCCCAACCUGCACACCAGUAACAGACAUUGAAGAUUCCAUAACUGAGGACAGUGCUUUUCAUUCACUCAGCCUGGAUAAGUCACAAGACUCUAUAACCGAUCACGAUGGCUCCUUUCAGGAACUUAUCCAGAAGCAAAAAGAAACCCCCAAGUCCUCUCAUAGUAAAAAUCGUCUGCGAAAACUGGAUCGUUGCAGGAGAUUAUCAACAUUGCGUGAAAGAGGCUCCCAGUCAGAAGUUGAGGAGGAAUCUAAGGAAACUCCUUUCUUGAGUUCAUCCUACAAAUCAAAAAUGUCAAGGAACUCUGUAACGGAAGAAAGCGAGUUCAGUUUUGAUGACAGCGCAAACAAUUCUCUCUUAAUGGUUGCGGAUUUAACGGGCACACCUGCCCUGCGGGUAGUUCGUGCAAUGGUAGAAAGGAGCACCCAGAAAAGGUUACAACGGCCCACCAUGCAGGAACUUGUGAGCAGUCUGGAUUGUUCAGAUGUGUCUGAGGAUGAACUGACAAGACUCAUUGGCAGAAAAAUGGGCCUAGAACAACUAGAUAUUUUAGCUGAAUUAAAAUACAGAAAUUUGAAGCAUAUCAUCACAUUUAUAUUUAAAGUCUUGAAUGUUGAAAGUCUUUGCAGCAUUUGGAAAGUCAGUAAGGAAUGGCGUGACAUGGUGGUUCAAGAUAAAGAUGCUAAUCAAAGAAGAAAAUUGUUCCUGAAAAAGUUAAGAGUUGAAACAGAGCAUGGAUGGAUAUUCUCCUCUGAAGAUGCUGCAACCAGAUUAAAUCUCCUUAACAGAUCUGCGCUGAAAUCUGUUCAGGCACAAGCCAAAUCUGUAUUUCACACCCCCACUUCGUGUGGGUUUUUGACACCAAAAAGCACUGCACCCAUUCCUCAGUCUGCAAGCAAACAACAAGAAUAUGUUAAGAUUGCCAAAACUUUAUUCACAGAUGAAGCUUUAAAACCGUGCCCACAGUGCCAGUAUCCUGCAAAGUACCAGCCACUGAAGAAGCGAGGCAAGUGCACUAAAAAAGACUGUGGCUUUGACUUCUGCACCCUUUGCUUGUGUGCUUUUCAUGGCUCUAAGGAAUGUAACGGUGGUUCAGGAAAGCGUGUGCGCAAAAAAGAUGUAGUCCCUGGAAGUGCCCAGAGCAAGCACAACUUGAAAAGGCUGUGACAUAUUGAUAUUUUUUUUCUUUAUACACUCGUAUUAGUUUCUUGUCUGGGCAGUUUUAAGCUUUUUUUUUUUUUUUUUUUUUAUAUUUUGUCUAACAACAUUUACUUAUUUUGCA